UUUUCAGCGUCAAUAACAGCUCUCGUUAUCAAUUGAAAUAUAAAAAUCAUUGUUCGUAGAAGCAAAUCAAAAUCAUUGUUUGUAGGAGCAGAGAUCCCAAGUUCACUAAGACAGUUUUAAAAUACCGUUAAUACCCGAACCAAUGUAUCAGUGACCAACAAACCCAUGCCGCUGCCGGGGCAACAACAAUGGCAAGCAAGCCUAAGCUUCAGCCUUGCCUACAUGGCCCAGAACUGCCUCUCCAUGACACACCUCAAGCAAAUCCACGGCCGCGCAGUCGUCACAGACCUCCACCACCACGCCAUCGUCCUCGCCAAGAUGUUCCGUUUCGCCGCCAUCUCACCCGCCGGCGACUUAAGCUACGCCCACCGCCUGUUCGACCAAAUGCCCCAACCAAACACUUUCUUCUACAAUACCCUCAUCCGUGGUUACUCUAAAAGCUCGUCUCCUUCGGAUUCGGUGGUUCUCUUCAACCAGAUGAGGCUUAACUGCGUCGACCCAGAUGAGUUUACCUUCACGUUUUUGCUGAAAUCGCGGUCAAGGAUGAAAAUUGAUGCUGCUCCGAUUGUGGGGUCCGAUGAGAUUCAUGGGAUUGCGUUGAAGUUUGGAUUUUGCGCGCAUUUGUUUGUACAGAACGCAUUGAUUCAUAUAUAUGGGGCGAGAGGGAUACCGGUUGCGGCGAGGCGAGUUUUCGAUGAGGCGGUGGCUCCUGACGUCGUUUCGUGGUCGGGUUUGGUUAUUGCGCAUGUGAGAGCGGGGGAAUUGGAGUUUGCACGGCAGGUGUUUGAUGAGAUGCCUGAGAGGGAUGUGGUUUCCUGGACUGCUAUGAUUUCUGCGUAUUCCCAAGCAAAGUAUUCGAGGGAAGCGCUUGAUUUGUUUUGGGAGAUGAAUCGUGAGGGAGUGAUGCCUGAUGAAGUCACCAUGGUGAGUGUAAUCUCAGCGUGUGCAGAUUCCGCUGAUGUAGAAACGGGGAUAUGCAUCCAUCGAUAUAUUGAUGCGAACGGGUUUUUGUGGAUGGUUUCACUUUGCAAUGCGCUGAUUGACAUGUACGCAAAGUGUGGAUGCAUGGACCGAGCAUGGCAACUGUUCAAUAAGAUGAGCCGGAAGAGCUUGGUCACUUGGAAUUCGAUGAUUUCAGCAUGCGCUAACCAUGGCAAUGCCGAUGAUGCAUUUGGUUUGUUUGAGUGCAUGACUGCUGCUGGUGUUGCACCGGAUGGUGUCACCUUUUUAGCCCUUUUAGUUGCGUAUACACACAAGGGAUUAGUAGAUGAAGGGCUCAAACUAUUCGAGAGAAUGCAAACAGACUAUAAAAUCGAGGCACGAAUUGAGCAUUAUGGUUGUGUGGUUGAUAUGUUAGGGAAGGCAGGACGACUAGAGGAAGCAUACAGAUUGAUUAGUAGUAUGCCAAUUCGGGGCAACGAUGUUAUUUGGGGAACACUGCUUGCAGCUUGCAGAACUUAUGGGGAUGCUGAUAUGGGGGAGAGGGUAGUGAACAGGCUGUUAGAGUUGAAACCAGAUGAAGGCGGGUACUACAUUCUUCUUCGUGAUAUUUAUGUUGCGGCCGGAAGGACAAUGGAAGCAAAUGCAAUGAGGCAAAGCAUGAAGGUUAACGGUGCUAGUAAGACUCCCGGAUGCAGCUGGGUGGGAGCAUAACGUUGGCUAGAAGAAGAGUAGAAAUGUAAUCCAUGAGUCUUCGGCUUAGUUUAGUAUUAUUCGUUUGGAUCGCUUACAAAACGUCAAGCGCUAUUAAAAAUGUAACAUCUUGCACGAUUGUUUAGGUGAGUUCGAUUGAUAUACAUAUUAAACUCAAGAUUUGUUGUCA